AUGUGGAGGCAGGCUGGGCUAGAGAAAUUAUCAACUUUUGUUAUUGUUGACAUGGUUAACUCGGUAGUAGCGAUACGUUUUCCGUUGUGAGGUGUCAGCGUGAAUCUUUACGCAUUCUUAUACUGCCAACCGAAAGUGGUAGACUGUUUUGCUAAUUGUUGGUUAUUUUGCCAGCUAGCUUGUUAGCUAGCUAAGAUCCUAUCUUUGUCGUUAGCUGGCAAAUACCCCAAUGGUAGCCAUCUCGUUAUCGUGUGUAUGCAUCAGGGCUAAAUGUAGCUAUUUUCAAUAAAAUAGAUCGACAGAUCGCCGAAAUAUGCGGAUGUAUUGAUUGCUCGGGGUUUACAGUUACGAUGAACGCCCUGGUGGCUCUGUGCCACUUCUGCGAGCUUCAUGGCCCACGAACCCUGUUCUGCACGGAGGCUCUGCAUCCGCCUUCCCCGUCACCGCCACAGCAGGGUCCCUCCAUCCCGGGAGAGAGGGAUAGGGAGGGGGACAGGGAAGGAGAGGGCCUUACAAUGAGAGCUAACAGCUCAGCGACACAGAGAGCAGACAUGUGCGAGGGCUGCCGGUCACUCCCGGCCUCUCACCCAGGCUUUGUUAGUGUGGACACUGAGACCGGGAUACGCUUCCUGAGCCACCAGCACCCCAGACAGCCCCAGCUGUUCAGCGUGGUCCGGCAGGCGUGUGUCCGCAGUCUGAGCUGCGAGGUGUGUCCGGGUCGGGAGGGCCCCAUAUUUUUUGGGGACGAGCAGCACGGCUUUGUGUUCUCCCACACCUUCUUCAUCAAGGACAGCCUGGCCAGGGGCUUCCAGCGCUGGUACAGCAUUGUCAUGGUGGCCAUGGACCGGAUCUACCUCAUCAACUCCUGGCCUUUCCUGCUGAGGCAUCUGAAGCUUACCAUACAGGGCCUGCAAAGUACAGCACUCAAGGUGUUUGACAGCGAGCAGUGCGUUUGCCCUCAGCGGGCGGUGCGGAUGAACAGCGUGUUCUCCCCAGCCGUGUUCCCCCACCAGAGGAGCGGGAACGCGGCUCGCUCACUCCCCUCCCUCACCCAGCACCCCAACCUCUGGGCCAGCCUGCACUCCUCCUUCAGCUGGCUGUUGAAAGCAUGUGGAAGUCGUCUGACGGAGAAGCUGCUGGAGGGAGCUCCUACUGAAGAUACGCUAGUGCUCAUUGAGAGGCAGACAGAGCAAGAAGAAGAGAUGAGUGGCUGGGAAGGGGCAGAAGGAGGAGCCUCUUUAGCGCAGCACUGCCAAUCAGAAAGUGAGCAGGGGAAGGAAUUCCUUUGUGAAGGCGGGAAAGGGGAGGAAUUACCAGGACCAAAGUUCAAAUCUCUGAGACAUCUCAGACAGGUCCUUGGUGCCACAGAGUUCCGACAACUGGCAUGGCAUGUGCUCAUGGGAAACCAGGUGAUCUGGAGAGGGGCGGACCAUUCGCUCAUCCAGUCAGCUUUUACCGUACUCAAGGCUUUGCUCCCAGUUGGCUGUGUGCGCUCCGUGCCCUACAGUCCCCAGUAUGAGGAGGCCUAUCGCUGCAACUUCCUGGGCCUCAGCCCUGAUGUCCCCAUCCCCACCCAUGUCAGCUCCUCAGAGUUCUCAGUGCUGGUGGAUGUGGUGAACGCGGAGCGAGGAUCUCUAUACACUGCUGUCUGCGAUGAUGACAUCUUAUCCCUCUACCAGUUCAACAUCAGCAGCGCCAACACUCAACCUACGGACAGAGGCCCCACGCUGCUCAACAAGAUUGAGGUGGCCCUUUCCAACGAGAACCUGUCCGUGGAAGUGGUUUCCCACUGCCUCCUAUGUCUCAAAGAGGAGUGGAUGAACAAAGUCAAGGUCCUGUUCAAGUUUUCCAAGGUGGACGGGCGGGGCCGCGAGGACACACAGAAGGUUCUGGCACUGCUGGGAGCCACAGGACCCGGGGAGGAGGACAACGUCCGGCUGCUGAAGUUCUGGAUGACGGGGCUGAGCAAGACCUACAAGAGCCACCUCAUGACAGCAGUCAGAGGCGGGGAGAGGACUCUGAGCCAGUGAGAUGGAAGGAGGGGGUAAACGUGUGCGUGGGGGUUUGCACGUGGUCGUGUGGUCAAGUGGCACAUGGAGCACUGGAUACUAGGAAAACGGAGGGAUUGAAAAGCCAUUACAGAAGUACUGGUGGGAGAAGAAUGGACUAAUUCACACUGCUAAAUAAAAGGGGAGAGAGAGAGAGAGAGAAACCUGCAAAAACUUAGUUUGUGCUGUAGUGUAAAAAUAUUUCUAAACAACAAGUAAUGACUUGACCAUGCUUGGACUGUUGUAGCUUCUCCAGCUUUCUGCUUGGUGUUUUACACUGACCAUUCCCACCUCAGUCUACUGACUGAUGUAGACAAUAUCAGUGUUUCUCCAUGGUUGAAGCUGUUGGCUGUUUGUUACACAGUGUACAUUAUUUACAACAAAAUUGAAGGGAAAAUAGAAUAUGGUGGUUUUGCAGAAUAACUGAUAAAUAAAUAAUUGUAAAAUAUGUCACACAGAUAUUAGCAAUACAAUACUGCUCAUGCACUUGUAAUGUAUGACUCAUAAUUUAACAACCGCAGCAUCAUGGACAACAGAUACACCGUGGUCUCAGCUCCAUGCCAAAAAAAUCUUUUUAGUUUUAGUUUUUUCACAUUCCAACAUGUGAGUAAUCUCUGAAAGACCGGAGAGAAAAAAACAUCCUCUUUUGCACAUGAAAAUGAUGUUACAUAAGAAGAAACCCUCUCAAUAAAUCAUGGUCCUCUCUACUCUUAACUUGUUCAGUAUGUGUGCAGCUCGACCCGCAGACCUGAUUACCCAGCUGGAACAACUGUUUGUUUGGUCACAUGAAUUCAAGAUCCCUUUCUGGCUUCAAUUAAGCAGAGCCAUAAACCUCAAGGAUUACAACCUCCCGAAGAAUGGAGCAGGGUUUGUAUUUACAGAAAUUUUCAGUAAUGAGUGGAUAGUUUUUCAGAACAAUGCACACAUAGUGUAAUACUAGACGCUUAAAAUGCCUUCACACCUGAGGGGCCAGGCAACAGGGUGUCUUGUGUUGCUGUCAGCAGAAACAAAGUUAA